AGACACCUGUAAAGACUAGGUGAAGAUAUCUAUGUGACAAGUUCACUAUCCCACAGUUUGACUUACUCUACACUCUGUGAUAUUUCGUAUUUGCUUUGGAUUUGGACUAAGAUCAUGUCAAAACAGAAGUCCUAUGAUCUUUGGCAUACGGAUGAUCCGUAUGUGAAUGAAAGAAAAGGAGAUGGCUAUAUUUCAAAAGAUGAUGAAAGAUCACAGAAUGGAUCUAGACCACCAAUUAUAGAUGACGAUGGUGCCGGGAAGGACGAGAUAGAUAGAGGACAAUGGGGAAAUAAAGCAGAAUUUCUCUUGUCGUGUAUCGGGUUGUCCGUCGGUCUUGGUAACGUUUGGCGGUUUCCGUAUCUGGCUUACAAGAACGGUGGAGCGGCCUUCGUGAUUGCCUACUUUAUUCUACAACUGGUUAUAGGCAAACCCUUAUAUUUCAUGGAGUUGGUUAUGGGUCAGUUUUCUGGAAAAGGACCGACGGGCGUAUGGGCAAUGAACCCAUGUGCCAAAGGUAUUGGUGUGUCUAUGGCUCUCAUAUCACUGGAUGUUGCUAUCUACUAUAACGUCAUCAUGGCGUAUACAUUGUAUUAUUUCUUCUCAUCUAUGCAAACAACACUUCCUUGGACAGUUUGCAAACCUGAAUGGGAGAACUGUGUUGCAAAAAGAUUUAAGUUUCCAGAUAACUGUACUGGUAAUGCUACUGUAGACUACGCACUAGAGGAAGCAUGUAGAUGUACCUUCAACGUAACCCUUGACACAGAAAACUGUACACAACUUAAUUAUACUGGUAAACCAAAGUCAGCCGCAGAGUUCUUUUUCUAUAAGGAAGUUAUUCAAAGAUCUGAUGGAAUUGAACCAGAGAAUCUGGGCUAUCCUCUAUGGUGGUUAGUUCUAUGUAUGAUGUUAUCAUGGAUUGUUGUUAUAGCAUGUUUGAUAAAAGGUGUUAAAAGUUCAGGAAAGGUUGUAUAUUUCACGGCCACGUUCCCGUACGUUGUUCUUCUAAUUUUACUCAUACGAGGAGCUCUACUAGAUGGCGCUAUUGAUGGGGUCAUCUAUUUUAUCAUUCCUAAAUGGGAGGAACUCCUUAAACUAGAGGUCUGGGUCGCUGCAGCCGGCCAGAUGUUCUUCUCUUUGAGUGUGUCUUUUGGUGGAAUUAUUAUGUUUGGGAGUUACAACAAAUUCAAGAAUAAUGUUUAUCCAGAUGCGCUACUUAUCAGUAUCAUGGAUAUUAUAACAAGUGUGAUAGCAGGUUUUGUUAUAUUUACAACAUUUGGAGCAAUGGCUAAAACUAUUGAUGCUCCCAUUGAAGACGUUGCAGAUGCAGGUUAUGGUUUAGCUUUCGUAGCCUACCCAGAAGCUUUAUCCAACUUCCCUAUACCUCAAUUUUGGUCCGUCCUCUUUUUCUUUAUGUUAUUUACCUUAGGUCUAGACAGUGAGUUUGGAUUAUUGGAGACCUUACUCACUUGUAUUCAAGAUGAAUUUCCUAAAACCAGAAAAUAUAAAGGACUAAUGUGUGUUGGUAUUGGAAUAAGUUGUUUUCUGAUAGCUCUACCAGUUACCUGUCCAGGUGGUGAUUAUAUUGUGACGAUCAUGGAUCAUUAUGGAGCAGAUUUUUCUGUCCUAUUUUUAGCAGCUUGUGAAGUUGUGUCGGUUGCAUGGGUAUACGGUGUUUUACGGUUUUGGAGAGACAUAGAAUAUAUGUUGGGUAGCCGUUCUAUUACUUGGCCUUUCUGGACGGUCUGUUGGGCGUUUAUAGCACCUUUACUCAUCACAUUACUCUUCAUCUAUAGAAUGGUAAAAUACUCCCCACCAACAUACCCAAAUGAUGAACCUUUCCCCGAAUUUGCUCAAGGUAUAGGAUGGGCGUUAUCAGCCCUUGUCAUGUGUCCUAUUCCUAUUUAUUUCCUGUACAGUUUCUUUACAGCCCCCGGUGAUUUUAUUGAGAGGCUGAAGUUUAUAACAACUCCCUCAAAUAAAUGGCAACCAAAUGAUGGUAACAGAGCAUAUUUAACACAAACUCAUGAUGCAGUCCAAAUGGGAAAAUAUGGCGUCGAAAAUCCAACAUUUAACUGAAGAAUUAAAAUAUAUCAAUUCAUUUAAAACUGUUAAUAAGUGAUCGGAAAACUACUGCGUUUACAAAAGUUGAUUUAGUCGUUAGUUAUGUAGCGAAUUGAAUUUGGUCGCAUGUCCCAAACGUUAAAUACAAGUAAGCUUUGCAGGGAUUUAGUAUUCCCUAAACUUUUAGAAUUUAUUGUUUAACAUCCAAUGAAAGAUUUAUUUGUUGGGGUUUAAAUCGAAAUCAACAACUUAUUAUAAAAUGGUAGAAUAAAAUUGUUUUGAGAGAUUAUUUCUUGAAAUAUUAAUUAAGAGAUGUAAGUAUAUUUUGUACCCUAUAAAACUUAUUGUUAGACACAAUGUGUGUCGUAUAGUCAGACAACUUAUUGUUAUUGUCAGAAAACUGAUUGUUAGACACAACGUGCGUCUUAUUGUCAUAAAACAUAUUGUUAGACACAAUGUGUGUCGUAUUGUCAUAAAACUUAUUGUUAGACACAACGUGUGUCGUAUUGUCAUAAUUUUUUUUUGCUUUUAGUCUUUUUGUUUUUCUAAUACAUAUAAUUAAUGCUCGUUAUUCCCUUUAUUAUAAAUACGUAAAGGCACAAAAUCUCUAUUCUUAGGAACCUUAAACAUACAUUAUGCAAGGGCUGAAUCUGCCUAUUGCAGAUCUUUCUUUAGGUUUGUAAUGUUAUAGAAACUAUUAAGUAGACAAUUAUUAACAUGACAAGACCAUAAUCAACUCUCGAUGCCAUCUUAUGUGUCGGAUUGUCACUGGAUUUUAAUCUGAUUUGCUGCUCAACGUCCAUUGAUGAUUAAAUCAAAAAAUGGAUAAUCGAAACCAUGUUUUUUUUUUUUAUCGUACCGACUUUAGUAGUGAUGACCGAGGCUAGGUCGAAAAGUCAAUUGCUAAUAUCUCGCUUCUGAGUGUAGUAAUUUGAUUGAAAUUUUCAGCAUAUUCCCUUUAGAUUAUCAAGUUUUUAACUAUUAUAGUGAGAGCUAUCAGCUCUUUAUCUGAUCUUCAAUACUGUAUCUUUAAGGCGGACAAAUGAAAUGAAAUGAAAUGAAAUGAAAUGGGGUUUAACGUCCUACUGUUCUGCUCCUAACCUGGGCUAAUGAAGACGGGCAUACGCCAUACAGUGUGCUAUGAGGGAAAUUUUGCCCGGACAGCGGCACUACGGCCUACUCUUAUAUCGAAUUCCAACUGCCAAGGGAUCUUUUACGUUCACGCCAAUGUGUACACGGGACCUCGGUUUUUCGUCCCAUCCGAAGGACUAGACAGCUUUCCUUGUCAGCCCCUCCGUCCUAAGGCGGACAAAUAUCGGCCGAAAAGCAUAUGUUAUUGUAAUAAGCAUGCCUAUAAACUCAUUUAGAUUAAAUAUUUAAAAUUUUUAUUGCAACUUCUAAUCCGUUAUGUUCGGCGAAAUACUCGAGCAGUCGAAAUGGAAUGGCUGUCGCUUGUUCCUGAGUAGACCAGUCUACAUCGGGAGUACGGUUUGAUACGACACAUUUGUUUUUUACCAAAUUCAUCAAGUCGCCUCAUUAUAAAAUGUGUCUACGGUUGUAUGCCGUCUAUGACUUGCCAUCUUUUUAUUUUUCAAAAUUAAAAUAUUUUUCUUAGCCGGGUGUGCCGCUAUGUUUUAAUGUUUUCCAAGGUGUGCCGUUAGCAAAAAAAGGUUGAGAACUGAGUUAGAGAUUCAGCAACUUUAAUAUAAAAUGUUUUAUAUGUCAUUUUUAGUUUUCGAAUAUUUAUUUUACUUUAUAAUUUGGCGCAAUAUAGCCCGGUUGGAGCUGAAGUGCCAUUAAACCACAUUUCAUUUCAUUACUGUACUUUUAUAAAGAUAAAAAUAUUGGGAAAGUGGUUGACCUAUCAAUACCGUCGACCAGCGAUACUUCCAUCCCAUUGAGCUGUCUGAACAGUUAACGGGUAAAAUGAACAUAAGAUUAGUUAUCACACGCGUUUCCAUGUAGACCUUCCAGGCGCAAUUUCAUUUGUCAACGGCAAAACAAUGCUCGUUUCUGUUUAGUAGUGUUUGGAUAUUUUUUUUUUGUUUACAAAUUCAAUCAUGACGCAUUUUAUUUUAUUUGGUCUUAUGAUUUUACACACAAACUUGCCUUUUACAGUCUAUUUUUCUGUAAGAUUAAUAAAAUAUGUUUUAUAGAUA